CAGCUGUUCGACAAAAAUCAAAUAAAUUUGCCAAGCCUAUAGGGUUUAGAUAUGGCAAAUAAACUGUACGGCUACAGUUCGAGCUACGGAGUGGCCGCACCAUCGUCAUCUGCGGCCGCCGCCUAUACUCCCCGUUCAGUCACCGAGCAAUACCUCUCUGACGCGGCCCUGAGCCGGUACCUCGGAGCAUAUUCGGAUGCGGAUCCUUCUAAGUACUCGGUUACCUCCAUGUAUCUGACCCAGAGCGAAGCCCUCAGGUACUCGGCCGACAGAGGCAUUACUUCUGCAGCUGCUUCUGCCGCUUCACAUUUGGCGCCGUGGACUCCACCGCCCGGUGUCGAUGUUUCUGCUUCCGUUGAACCCCUACUCGCCGGCAUCAAGCGCUCUACUGAAGUGCUCUAUCAUCCAACAUUUUUCGGUGCCCAUAACACAUUUGGGCAAAGUGAAGCUUGGUAUUCUACCAACUCUUUAGCAAAGCGUUCUAGAUUCGAGAGCGCAAGCAAUUUGCCUAUAUAUCCACAGAGGCCAGGAGAGAAGGACUGUGCCCACUAUAUGCUCACACGUACCUGUAAAUUUGGAGAUAGCUGCAAGUUUGACCAUCCUAUUUGGGUUCCUGAGGGUGGAAUCCCAAAUUGGAAAGAGGUCCCACUUGUUGCUACACUUGAAUCCCUUCCUGAGAGACCAGGAGAGCCUGAUUGCCCUUACUUUCUAAAAACUCAAAGGUGCAAGUAUGGUGCGAAAUGCAAAUUUAAUCAUCCAAAAGAUGCUUUGUUUCAGGAUGGUUUGGAAAACACUGAUGUUUCUGCCUUACCAGAGAGGCCUUCUGAACCCACAUGCACAUUCUAUAUGAAGACUGGGAAAUGCAAGUUUGGAGCAACAUGCAAAUUCCAUCAUCCAAAAGAUAUCCAGAUAUUAUCAGGACAAGAGAAUGGUAACACAUUGAAGAAUGAAUCAGCAGUUAAGAUUGAUGAUGAAAUAAGUGGACAUGUCAAUGUGGCUAAUGCUUCCAUUUCGUCCACCCCAGCCUUAUUUCAUAAUAGCAAAGGACUUCCAAUAAGACUGGGUGAAGUGGAUUGUCCAUUCUACUUGAAAACCGGCAGUUGCAAGUAUGGUGCCACUUGCCGCUAUAAUCAUCCUGAUAGGAAUGGGCAUUCCGUUGUAGCCACUCCUGCAGCUAAUCUAAACAUUGGAGUUGUUCCAGCUGCAUCACUUUAUCAAACUGUUGACCCUAGAUUGGGUCAUUCAACGCUGGGAGUGGGAAUGACUGUCUACCCUCAACGACCUGGACAGACAGAAUGUGAUUACUAUAUGAAGACUGGCGAGUGCAAGUUUGGGGAAAGAUGCAAGUUCCAUCACCCGAUUGAUAGGUCUGCAUCAGCAGCAAAGCAAGCUCAAGAACAAACUGUUAAGCUCACUCUGGCAGGAUUACCCAGGAGAGAGGGUGCUGUUCACUGCCCAUAUUACAUGAAAACCGGCACAUGCAAAUAUGGAGCGACAUGCAAAUUUGACCACCCGCCCCCUGGAGAAGUCAUGGCUAUCGCAGCAUCACAAGGAACAUCUACUUCAACUGGUGUGGAUGCCAAUGGGGGCUGAAGCUGGAACUCUCCAAGUGGCGUUGCGGAGAGGCCAUAAGCAUGGAUAAAUGGAAUAUACUUCCAGGCCCUUUUCGGCCCUUGUUUCAUUAAAGAAAAAGAAAAACUUAUUUUCAAUUGGGAUUUGGCAGAAUGCAGGUCAGGUAUGUCUGAGUGUAGGGAAUGUAAUUCAUGUGCACUGAACUGGAGACGGGUGAACCUGUUUGUAUCGUAAUUUCUUGUAAGCAGUUAGCUUCUUUUUCGGUCGGCCACAUUUGUUAUAUUUGAUUGUAAUCUUUUCGUCUAAAUGUGAUAUUGCAAUCUUCGCAUUAGGUGUUUUGUGUGUUCUUGCCAUUAAUGAAGGGGUAUUAUACGUGAA